UCCCUUGAGACUGACUCACGAUGAGAUUUGCUGUGAAAACUUCACAAUGAUACGGUCUUGAAUGGUAGGAAAUAAAGUCAUACAGGUUUGGAACGGCUUGAGGGAGAGUAAAUGAAGACAGAAUCUUCAUUUUUGAGUUGACUAUCCCUUUAACCCCAGCAACAAUGGAACCAUCCAAAAAUCGCUGUCAGCGCAGCAGCACCAUGAAUGAAGGUUCUAAUGUGCCAAGGCCAAGUCUUCCACCACGCAGACUAGCUUUGAUUCACAGAGGACCUCCAAAACGAUUCCUUUUACACACAGAGAGAAAAGUGCUUGAUGAUCAUGGAAAAGUCAGAAAAUGGACUUUUGGGAAAAAAGACACUAGAAAAGCAAACAAAAUUGUUCUGUUGGUGGGAGAGACCGGCGCUGGCAAGACGACUCUCAUCAACACCAUGGUCAACUACUUACUGGGAGUGAAGUUUGAGGAUGAAAUAUGGUAUGAAAUCACAGAAGAAGAAGCCAAAGACCAAUCAGAAUCACAAACAUCUGAAAUCACCAUGUAUGAGGUCUUUCCUAUUAAAAGUCCCAUAUCUCUCACCAUCAUCGACACUCCAGGAUACGGAGACACUAGAGGACUGGAAAAAGAUCUGGAAGUUGCUGAGAAUUUAUCUAUGCUGUUUCAGAACAAUGAUGGAGUUUGUGAAAUCGACGCUGUGUGUUUUGUGACUCAAGCGUCUAAGAAUCGUCUCUCAGACAGACAGCAUUACAUUAUCAGUUCAAUUCUGUCUUUGUUCGGAAAAGACAUUGUGAAAAAUAUUCUGUUUUUAAUCACUCACUCAGAUGGUAUGGAACCCAAUAAUGUCAUCGGUGCAAUUAAUAAAGCUAGAAUCCCCUGCAGACGAGACCACAAUAACCAACCUGUUUAUUUCUUGUUCAACAACCGGCAGGCUGAUGCCCGUCACACUAAAGAUCGUCAUAUUCGUGCUCAAAGAGAUGCCUGGGAAGACAGCAUGGGUGGCAUGAAGCAUUUCCUUCAAUCUCUGACUCUAAAGAACAGAAGAAGUUUGGAGUUGACUUCAGAUGUCCUGAUAGAGCGCAUUCAAUUUGAAGCGUCCAUCUGCAACUUACAGCUGCGAGUUCAAGAGAAAGAGCUGAAAAAGUCUGAAAAACUUCAGAUCCAGGAGGCAAUGAAAGUAAACAGGGAAAAGAUUGAGGAGAGUAAAAAUUUUACCAUUAAAGUAAAAAAGACUGUGAAAACAAAGGUGCCAAUUGAGAGCAAGUCAUGGAAGCACAGGAAGGCGACAACCUGCACCGUCUGUGAGGAAAACUGCCAUGAGUUUGACUGCUGGUGGGUUUCUAAUCCCAGCAAAUGUGAAGUCAUGAAAGACGGAUACUGCACCGUGUGUACAGGGAAGUGUCACCACAGCAAACACGUCAAAGAAAACAAAAAAUACGUCAUCAGCACCUCGAGCACGACAAUGGAGUUUGACUCUAUAAAAAUGGAAUACGAAAAAGCCCAAGAACAAACCAAGACAUAUUUGGUUUUAAUGGAACAUCUUGACAAAGAUCUGAAGGAGAUUGAGGACCAAAAGUCAAUUCUUCUGUCUGAUGCUUACCAGAACAUCAAGCAUCUGUCUCAGAUCGCAUUAAAGCCAGACUCGGCCUUCACUCUUCAGCAUCUGGACUUCUUCAUCCCCAGAGUGAAGGAGGCUGGGAAAGUAAACUGGGCCCGAGAGCUGGAGGAAAUGAGGAGAAAAGCUGUAGCUGAAGAAGCAAAUAAAGACGCUCUGAGUUAUCUGAAAGCUGGUCUGGCAAAACUGUUCCUUGGUGAGCAUCAUUGAACAGAUUUAGUACAAGUGAAACAAUCAACUGGUAAAAGACUGCAGCUUACAAUGAGAAAUCAAUGACUUCUGUACACAGGUGUUUCAACAGCACUUGUAUAUACCAGGGGUUGACUUUAAUUACAACUUACUGAUUUCAACUAUGUUCUUUUUGUAAUAUGAAGGUCACACACAAAAUGCUUUGGAAUCCUUUUGUCAUUCCUUUUUCGUUUAUUUGUGCUGCUUUUUGUGUACAUAUUUUUCUUUUACCCUUAUUCCAUACUUUCUUAGAAUCUGAAACAUUUAAAAAUAUAAAUAUAGAUUAAAAUUUUUGAAACGUUAUAAUAUACACAAAGGACUUAACCAUAAGUAAUUUGUUUUAAGCAAUUUUAAUUACUAUAUAUGCUAAAUAUGUCAAGACUGUCAUCUGUGCUGUAUUACACUAUUAUACAGUAUGUACAGUAUUAUAUUUAUAUUUUUGUAUACUGUGUUGUAUCCUUAUUAAAAGGUGAAUAAUGUUGUCCUUGAA